UGUUCGCAGGGUUUUGUUUGAGCUCAGGCAGCGCGGGGCCCUCAGCCGGCCGGUGGGGUGCGGGCAGGUUGGGGUAUCGGGGUGAGCCGUGGGAAGCCGGGCUGUUUAUUUCCCGUCCACCCCAACGAAACCGCAGGAAUUCGGAGCCUGGAGGAGGUCAGGAGGGCUGUUUAGCCCCGGUAUCCUGUUAGACCCUGACCAGCCCGUUGUUGCCAGAGACUGAGCGGGGAGAUAGAUAACCCUUCCCCUCGGAAACGUCCCCUCCGUGGCUGCGAGCUGCUUCUCGGGCCCUAAGCAGGAGGUUUUUGCUCCCUUGCGUGUUAUGGCGUGUCCUGCCCAUAGCUCCUCGCUGAACUCUGGAUGCAGCUUUUGGGCGUCAGCUCUCCCUGGGGGAACGCCGCUUUUUGGCACCGCCAGGCUGGCGCUUCCCCGGGUCAGCUCUGAUUUACGCACAGAUAGCUGCAGCCAGAGCCGAGCUGAGCCGUCCCUCUGACCCGGGCUCCGACGGCUGAAGCCUCCUCUGUGCAUCCCCUGACUGAGUCGGCUGCGGAGCCAACAGACAGGACCAGACCUGUCACCUACAGCGGAGAUCAGCGUUUACCGGGCGCCUCCUCGUCCCACGCGAACAGAACCGGCCGCCCCAAACCUGGCGGGGCUCAUCGGGGUGUGAUAACACGUCGGUCCCCUCGUGGGACCGGAGGUGGCAGGGCGUCAUCUGAGAAGAGAAGCGUCUCCGGCAGCCGUCUGCCAAGCAGCGACAUCAAAGGGCUGUGCGAGACGGCAGCCGGGGGCUGGGGGUGGGCAGCGUCCUCCCUGCCCCGGAGCUGUAUUGGGGAUGGACCGGUCCUGUGCUGCCCCUGCCCCAGCGCCCGGCAGGGUGGGGAGCAUCCUCUGAUCUCCGGGGCUGGAGGCUGCUGCCUGUGGCAUGUGCACAACCUGGCUCGUUGGGAUCCGGCUGGGCUGGAUGGGAUGGGCUCUCCCAGCCCGGGAGCGGGUGACCCACUGGUGAUGCUGGGUGUGACCCUGUGUGUGGAGCAGCAGCCGUGAGCAGCAGCCGUGCACGCUGGGCCAUGCUGCCCACCACCAGCACCAUGCCCAUCCUCAAGCAGCUCGUUUCCAACUCGGCACACUCCAAGCGACGCUCACGGGCCGACCUGACAGCAGAGAUGAUCAGUGCACCGCUGGGGGACUUCAGGCACACCAUGCACGUGGGCCGGGCUGGGGAUGCCUUUGGGGACACCUCGUUCCUCACCAGCAAAGCUGGAGAGCCAGAGGUAGGUGAGGAGCCAGGAGCCUCCAAGCCAGGGCUGCUGUCCCGCCGCUUCCGCAGCAGCAAACGCUCGCAGUCGGUGACGCGGGGUGACCGGCGGGACAUGCUGGGCUCUCUGCGUGACUCCGCUCUCUUUGUGAAGAACGCCGUCUCCUUGCCGCAGCUCAAUGAGAAGGAGGUGGACAGGAGCGCGGGGCAGCUGCCCAAGAGCCUCUCCUCCAGUCCUGUCAAGAAGAUGCCGGAGGAGAUGAGCCCCGAAGAGCAGCAGCGUCUCAAUGGGGCGGCUGCUGGGCCGCUGAGCCCUGGCAUGGAUGAGCGCGACUUCGGGGACAUCACGGAGCUGCCCGUUGUGGUGGCCAAAAGUGGGACGGGCAUGAAACACGCCGAGUCCAUCAUGUCCUUCCACAUCGACUUGGGGCCCUCCAUGCUCGGCGAUGUGCUGAGCAUCAUGGAUAAGGAGCAGUGGGAGCAGGAUGAAGACCUUGAGGUGGAGGAGAGCCGCGAGGAGGGGGAUGUUGCUGUACCUGGUUCUCCAGUGGCCACACAGAGCCAGAGCCCAUCCCGCAGCACCGGUGGCCCCAGGGACAGCAGUGCAGCAUCCAGCUGUGCCUCGGGGCCGGGGGAGCGCAGCCCCCUCCCAGUAGGAGCACAGAGCCAGCGGGGCCCUCCAAAGCGCCCUGACAAGGAGUUCUCCUUUGCUGAUGAAGAUGAUGAUGAGAUCAGGGUAUAAGGGCAGGCGGUGAGCUGAGGGGACUGGUUCUUAUUUGUGACUGUUUGGACAUGGGGAUGGCUGACCCAGUGCUGGGGCUGGCAGCACCAGGAACACUUUGCUCUUCUCCCACCCAGUUUGCCAGUGCCAUCCCAUGGUGACAGGACAGUGCUGCCCUGGGAAAGCUCCAGUGUGUCCUUGGACAAGAAAUAGACUUGGUUCUUUCUGUUGGACUUUGGAUGCUAGUGCUCUUUUUUCUUUUCCUUUUUUUCCCCUGCCCAUGUAAAGCAUUAUAGGAUCAAACAAAAUGAGGCUUUGAGGUUUUAGUCCCUCUAGUAAUACAUAUAUAUAUUUUUUUUCCACCUUAAGGUUUUUACUGCUCUCCGAUUUGUACUUAACUUUCUUUACUCUUUGCUUUUGUUGUUGUUUUUUUAACGGAGGGGACAUUUCCCAUGAGGAAGGACUUAAACUCAGAGCCCUGGGACAGCUGGCAGCUCUGGGUUUCUUAGGGACUUUCUGCAGUCUGAGAGCCUCUGCCUUCAUGCUGCAGUGAGGACUCACUCCUCACACAUCAGAUGGAUGCUCCAUCCCAGCAGUGACACACUCCGUAUGGUCCUGGCACCGAUUGUGUUGGGGACACUAAUAGGACCGUGGGUCUGUGCCCUGAGGGAUGAAUGCCUGGGACCCCCCGGUCCUGCAUGCUGGUGGAAGCUGUUGUGGGGCUGUUCUGGUGCAGGCGGGUGGAAGAAAAGGGUUUUAUACCAUGUAUGUAAAAAUGUGAAGAAUAAAGGAAAUGUUAGUGACAGCA